AGUAGCAUAUUAGCAAUUUUAACCAUUAAAGAGUGAGCAGGUGCUGCAGACCUUGAUCGAUAGAUCAUAACAUAUAUAUAUAUAUAUAUAUAAAGAAAGGAAGCAACUACUUAUCCCAACAAAAGUGCUCCUCAGCAAAAAAAAGAAAAUACACAAAUAAUAUCUCCCUAACUAGAAAUGUCUGUCCUUCUAAGUGUAUUGCAGCUGCUGUUGCUGCUGCUGCUAUUUGGGCAUGCUUUGCAUUGCAAUGAUGCAGCAGUUCUUGUUCCCAUUUCUAAAUAUCCUGCCAAUUGCAUAGAGAGUGAGAGAAUGGCCCUUCUUGAUUUCAAGAAACACAUCCAAGAUCCUUCCAACAAGCUGUCAUCUUGGGUGAUUGGACAAGACUGCUGCUCAUGGGAAGGAGUCCAUUGUGACAACCUCACUGGCAACAUUCUUGCACUGGAACUCAAGGGUCCGGAUCCGAAUUCAUACGAGUCUUAUUACUGGGAUGACUCGAAUUACUUGCAGCUGGGAGGUGAGAUCUCUCCAUCUUUGCUUCAACUUCAACAUUUGAAUUAUCUUGACUUGAGUUGCAACUUCUUCGAUGGAACAAGUAUUCCAUCAUUCAUCAGUCAGUUCAAGGAGUUGAGGUACCUCAAUCUCUCUUAUUCUGGAUUUCAAGGAUCCAUUCCUGCUGGUUUUGGAAAUCUCUCCAGUUUGCACACUCUUGACCUCUCACACAAUUAUGGUGGAGUUUAUGUUGAUGAUCCAGCUCAUCAAUGGCUUUCUCAUCUUUCUUCACUGCAACACCUUGUUGUGAGUGGUGUCACCUUUAGGAGUAACUCAUCAAGUUGCUUGUUUCUAGCCCUGAACAAGCUUCCUUCUAUAAAGGAGAUACGUUUGUCUCAAUGUGGGCUUGAAAGCAUUCCUCUUUUCAUUCCCCAUCUCAACUUCUCGUCUCUCUCCAUUCUUGAUCUAUCUGAAAACUACAUCAAUUUUUCAGUGCCUUCCUUCCAGUUCAACCUAAAGAGCCUUCAAUAUCUAGACCUCAGAGUCAAUUAUUUUGAUAAUAUCGGGCAUGAUUAUCAAUGGCUUUCUAAUCUCACUUCAUUGCAACACUUGGAUAUGAGUUUUGUCAACUUGGGCAACAUGUCAACUAGCCUGUUCCUAGCUCUCAACAAGCUUCCUUCCAUAAAUGAGCUGCACCUGUCCAAUUGUAAGUUAGAAAAGCUUCCACAUUCCAUUCCUCAUCUCAAUUUCUCAUCUCUGUCUGUUCUUGACCUCUCUUACAACCAUAUCAAUUUCUCGGGGAUUUCCUGGUUGUUCAACAUCAAGAGCCUACAAUCUCUAGACCUCAGUCAAAAUGAACUUUAUCACCCCACUAUCACGGUACCUUCUCCCAUAAUGUACAUGACAAGUAUAUUUAUUGGUCCUAAUUAUUAUAAGAGUCAACCCAGUGAGAUAAGCAUAAGCAUACCUGAAAGCAUGGGCAGUCUUUGCAGCUUGCAAACUCUGGACUUGACAAGCUUGAGUAUCAACAAGAGACUGGUUGAACUUGAAGGUGGGUUUUCUGGCUGUCUUAAGAAUAGUCUCACUCAUUUGCACUUAAGUUCCACUGAACUUAAAGGAGAUAUACCAGACUGGAUUGGAGAAAUCAAGAAUCUCAAGCUUCUUGAUCUCUCACGCAACUCAUUCUCCGGCUCUGUUCCUUCAUCCCUAGCAUCACUUUCUUUUUUGGAGGAAUUAUUGCUUAAUGAUAAUCAACUAACAGGAACAUUACCAAAGGAGUUUGGAAACCUUGCACAGCUGGUACAUUUGGAUCUUUCUUAUAAUCAGCUGAGUGGUGCUAUAGCUGAAGAACACUUCACUCAACUUGGGAAUUUAAAAACACUUGAUAUGUCUAGUAACUCACCGGUUUUCAAUGUGAGUGCUAACUGGGUUCCUCCUUUCCUUCUCAAUCAGUUAAGAAUCAGGUCUUGCUUAGUUGGUCCGGAAUUCCCAACGUGGCUUCAGACACAACACAUGUUGAAGACACUUGAUAUGUCCCAAAAUAGAAUCUCAAGCACAGUGCCUGACUGGUUGUGGAACUUGACUACUCGCAACCUUAUUUAUUUAGGCCUCUCUUUUAAUCAAAUUCAAGGGAUGAUACCCAAAUUCUUAACUUUCACUCACAUGGAAAUCCUUGAUCUUUCUUCUAAUUUGUUUUCAGGUCCGUUACCAAAUCUCCACAUGAAGAGCCCCACCUUUUCUUCCAUAGAUCUUUCUAAUAACUCUUUUUCAGGUGAGCUCCUUGAUUGCUGGUCGGAUUCAUCUACACUAUCAGAAAUUAAUUUGGCAUACAACAAUAUAUCCGGGCCUAUUCCAGGUUCAAUAUCUCAUCUUAGUAAUCUAAACUUUCUAUUGUUGAACGAUAAUAAAUUAUCCGGUGAAUUCCCUGAUUCCCUAAAGAACUGCAGUCAAUUGGUCACUCUUGAUCUCAGGCACAACAAUUUCACUGGAAGCAUACCAGCAUGGAUAGGAGAACGGCUAUCAUAUUUAACGGUUCUUAUGUUAAAGUCGAAUGCUUUUGUUAAUCACAUCCCACAAGAACUUUCUCAACUCCAAUAUCUACAAAUACUUGAUUUGUCAAGCAAUAAUCUCUCAGGUCCUAUUCCAAAGAGUUUGAGCAACUUGACUGCCAUGCAAAUGCUCCCAGACACUAUUGGUUGGAUACUUCUUGUGAUCCAAUAUAAAGAUACCAUGCUCUUAAGUUUUAGAGGAAGAGAUGAUGAAUAUAAUCAACGCAAUAUUGGAUAUCUAAAUUACAUUGACCUUUCCAAUAAUGAGUUGUCAGGGAACAUCCCGGAAGAGCUAGCAAGUUUGUAUGCUCUUCAGAGUUUAAACCUCUCUGGAAAUACUUUAGGGGGUGAGAUUCCAAACAAAUUGGGUAGAAUGAAGCAGCUACAAUCACUAGACUUAUCAAGAAAUGAACUUUCAGGAAGUAUACCUGCAACUUUAUCAAACUUGACAUUCUUGGAACACUUCAAUGUAUCAUAUAACAACUUGUCAGGAAGGAUACCAUCAGGUAAUCAGUUCAACACAUUCAAUGACUCCUCUAUUUACAUUGGAAACCAUCUUUGUGGAUAUCCUUUGAGUGACAAUUGCACUAAAGAUGGUGGAAUAAUUACUGAAGAGUUAAGUGAUGGAAAAGAUGAAGAUGAUGAGAUGCUAUGGGUGUACAUUGGAUCUUUGUCAGGGUUUGCAGUUGGAUUCUGGACUAUUUGGGGUGUCUUAAUAUUCAAGAAGAAAUGGAGGCAUGCUUAUUUCCAUUGCGUAGACAACACAUACAACAAGAUCUAUGUUUUUAUUGCAGUCAGCUUUGCCAGGAUGAGGAUCAAGAUGAUGUCGGUAAAUCAUUAGAGUACUCAGAAAGAUUAUAUAUAUAUAUAUACACAUAGACUUUUUUUUAAUGUUUUAUUAAAAUUUAUGCACUUUACUUUUUAUUUUUAUGAAAGCUUAUCUGUAUCUUUGCUUCUCUAUUGUGUAUAUUUGAAUCAUGUAUGGAAAAUAUUUUAGUAA